AGAAAUAUAAAGACAUUGUAAUUACUGUUUUCACUGAUUAGUUUUCAACACUAUAGUAAUGUACCUCACACCGAAAACGCUACGUGGUACGUACCAGUAUCGUGUUACAGACACAGAGUUCAUCACUGCAUUCCUUCCCUGCGGAGACAUUUUUCGUAAUUCCCAACAAAAAUGGAGAAUCUUGCGGCGUAUCAUUUGAAAUACCCGGUCCCGAAAGCUCGAAUGUUUAUUGUUUUUCUCACAAUGAUGAUCUGCACGGGUGGUCUGUUUCUGUUGCAGAAUACAUUUUUGAAAACAUCUAAACCUAAAGAUUUCUAUUCUUUCCAAGUGAAGGAUUUGAAAGGGAGGACCGUUUCCCUGGAAAAGUUCAGAGGCAAAGCGUCUUUAGUUGUAAACGUGGCGAGUUAUUGUGAGCAAACAGACCGAAACUACAAAGGACUGCAAGAUCUACACCGAGAGUUGGGUACUUCACAUUUCAAUGUGCUGGCUUUUCCUUGCGGCCAGUUUGGAGAUACAGAGCCAGGGUCUAACCGUGAUAUAGAGGCGUUUGCAAAGGAAAACUAUGGCGUGUCUUUUCCUAUCUUCAGCAAGAUUAAGAUAAUGGGUUCUGAAGCGGAGCCUGCCUUUACAUUUGUUACAGAUUCAGCCAAAAAGGCGCCAAAGUGGAAUUUUUGGAAGUAUCUCAUAAACCCCCAAGGCCAGGUGGUGAAAUUCUGGAAGCCGGAAGAGCCCUUGGAGAACAUCAAAAAGGACGUAGUAGAGUUAGUGAGAGAGAUCAUCUUAAAAAAGAGAGUAGAACUUUAAAACCUGAACUGUUUGUGCCUACACUUCGUGGCCAGGUCACACCUUAACCACUUAAAGUGCCGUGUUUGUGCUUGUCACCAGAAACUAAAACUGAAGUUGCCUUGAACACGCCAGCAGUUAUUUCACAUGUUGGUUUCAGAAGCAGUCACUGUGCUGCAAUGUGGGGACUACACAGCAUUUUCUGUUCAAAGGAAUAUCACUGACACACAUUGGACAAUGUCUGUAAGGUAGCACCAAUGAAUUUGUUUCAGAUUAGUGUUUUAACCGCAUUAUACCGUUAGUUGGGUGAUUCCUCAGUACUUUUUUGUGACCAUGACCGAGUACUAAUGCAGAAGUUUGUAAACAAUUUAGAAUAGGGACCUCCAACAGAAUACUGAAUGUUUAAACUGUGAGUAUCCCAAAGACCAAGAAUAACGUUUUAACUGAAUGCUUAUGAAAUAUACAGCAAGUGCAAAAUUGCUGUCCAUGCAUGUAACCCAUGUUUUAGUACAUGAUUUUAGGAAUACUUUUACUCUACUUUUGAUGACUUCCUUGAUUUAGUUGGCAACUAGCUGUAUUACUGAGUGUUUUAAGUGUUAGGACAAAAUAUGCCAUGGAAUUAUCUAGUAUAAAUUGUAUAUUAAUAGUUAUUUAAUCUGCUACAACGGCCUAAAGAUGUUCUUAUUGCACUCCAAAUGAUCUUUGACUAUAAAGCCUUGACAAGUGUGAAUUACUAAUAAUGCUACAUAGUGAAUGAAAAUAUGGCAUCAUGCAUUUUGUGGCCACAAGGCAAAAUAGCCAGGUGGGAUGAAUACUGGAUAAAUUCUAAUUUGCCAAGAGUUAAAUUACAGGGAAACCUAAGCAAAGUGACUAAUAGUCGUGUUUAUUCCUUUAAAAGGACUAUGUAUAUUUAAAAUGCAAUUUUAUAAAUCAAAGAUUCAUAGUUCUAUGUAUACCUGUAGGAUUGACAUUGAACUUCAGCUAUAUAAAAACUAUAUAUUUAUGUUCAGUAAAAUUAUGAAGAUGGAUUCAAAUUUACAUUUUCAAUCAUGUAAAGCCAUGCAUCAGUCGUAUCAUGUGAGGAGGCUUUUAAGUUUACCUGCAAAUAUAUUAAAAGCAGACAUAACUGUCACAGCUAAUUAGACAAUCACUAAACCAACGUUUGAAAUAUUGUAAGCUAUAUUAACAUUUACCCCAGAUUGCAGCAUUUAAAAAAAAAAAAAAAAAAGUAAAACUGCUAAGUUGUAUGAAACUACAUGUUACAUGUAAACUUGCCUCUGGGAUACAUUCUUUAGAAAUAAGUACAGGCCCUGUUUACUUUGAAUUAAACAUUCUUAAUAACGUAAACUGCAUUCAUAAUCAACUUCAGGAUUGUUGUUGCUGCACAUUUUUAUUACCACCACGUGUUAAGACUUGCCUGGCAUUUAGUGUCAGCAUAUAUUACCUUAUGAUAAUGAAAACAGCAUAGUAGAACUAUAAGACAGCUCAAUUCAACCUUUAAUGACUCAAUCUUGAACUGCCUAAUGGUUCUGAGUAUAUAAUUUCGAAACAUCUCCUCUGCGAUGAAUUCCAUGGCCCUCUUUUUUUAAUUUCAUCCAGAUUCAGGUAUUAUUUCAAGGGGCAGAGAGGUAGUUUUUAUUUUUUCAAGGGCGGGGUGGGGCAGAGGGGGGGAGUAAUGUGUGUUCUGUUUUGUUUUUAAUAUUAUGUUGCACUGAAGACAACAGAUGUCUUGUUUGCAGAUUACAGCAAUAAUAAAACUAGCUUUCUUAAA